AUGGAAGAGAUUUUCUACCAAGACAUGUGCCGGCUCGGCUACCACUUUUUUUUCCUUGGCGCACUGGUAGACAGUGAAAAAGCAGUAAACAUUCACGAGACAGGAUGCCCGAAGCAGCGGUGGCGUCCGAGCAAGGCGUUCGGCUUUCCGCGUGGCUUGCGGCAUUCGUCGCAUUCAUCAAGCGGAACUAUUACCGGGGGGCUUCAUUCCAUACGCGUAUACGGCCCCAUCGCUGAUCAGCCCUCGCAAGGCGAAGCGAAGGAACAAGUCUCAAUUUGUCUCAGUCUUUCCAGCUUCGGGGUUCGUGCCCGUACGAUUUUCGAGCAGAGCACCCGCAAGGACCAGUGGCCAUCAAAGAAACCUUUUUGCCCCAGGGGUUGGUCCUGCUCGGAGCUCAGAGGCAAUCACAUGUGUUGCGGCAAUUGUUUCCAAGGUAGAUUAGAUGAAGCACUGUAG